UUUUCAACGGAUAUCCAUACAGGUGCGCCAGGAUAUUUUUUUUGCGUAAUUUGCGGGCGGCAUAAAAUGCGUGUUUACUGUUUGCACGCAUGCUGUCUCUCGUUACAGGCAGUCAUGCGCGUCCAAGGCGAAAUGGCUCUGCAUCUCACACACUGAAAACCGUGCAACUGGGGCAUGCAUUCACUUUGACAGAGCGGACCAACAAGCUGCUGUAGUCUGUAGCAGAUCCACGGGAAUAAAACGACGUCUUGGCUUUCUGCAAUAACAGUGGAUUACUGGAGCUGUAGGAGGUGGGUGUGAAGGAAGAUUUCAGUUUAAAUGAUACGGGGAAACGUACAAAUCACAGAUGUGAAAAAGCAGGUGCGUUUCGACAUUUUGCACCUCGGUUUUUUUUCUUUUGCAAUCUGAUUUUCGGCCGGAGCCUGUGAAAUGCAGCCUCUACCUGAGAGAUGUGUGGCACCACAACUGCAGCCUACAGAGAACUUCUCCUGUCUACCUGCUGCUGAUCUGCUGUGGUCGGCUGUGGAGGACUAAGACUGUCACCAAUGCAAAUCUCAUAAUCAUAACCAUCAUCAUCACCAUCAUCAUCAUCAUCGUCUGCCACUUCAAACACCAAGACACAAGAGGCCAGAGGCUGCUUUUGGCUGAUCAAAGAGCCAGCAGUCACAAAGCACCUGUAGACCAUGACUCCUGCAGAGCUGCCUGCGUGAGAGCAGCAUGAGAUAAUCGAGGAGUACUAUACUAAUAGCUGAUUCAAGCCUUAUCUGUUUGGCGGUGAUGAAAAUGUUCCAGUGUGUCAGUUGACUGACAGUUGCAGUGCUGUUCUAGCGUGGGACAUAGCCAGUAGCUGAAGCGCAGACACCACAAAGGAGAUGGCUCGUCCAGGAUCAGGGCUGCUGGUACCUGUCAAUGGUCUGGGAUACCCUCCUCAGAACCUUGCCAGGGUGGUGGUCUGGGAGUGGAUGAACGAACAUGGCCGCUGGAGGCCCUACAGUGCCGUGGUUUGCCACCAUGUUGAGAAUGUACUGAAGGGGGAUGCUCGGGGAACUGUAGUCCUGGGGCAGGUGGAUGCCCAGCUCACUGCCUACAUCAUCGACCUGCAGUCCAUGCACCAGUUUCGACAAGACACGGGCACGAUGAGACCAGUGCAGAGAAACUUCUAUGAGCCGUCGUCCGCCCCGGGGAAAGGCGUGGUGUGGGAGUGGGAGAACGACAGCGGCUCGUGGACGCCGUAUGACAUGGAGAUCUGUGUGACCAUCCAGAAUGCCUACGAGAAGCAGCACCCCUGGCUUGACCUCACCUCUCUGGGCUUCUGCUAUCUCAUCGACUUCAACAGCAUGUGUCAGACCAACAGGCAGAGUCAGCGUAAGAGACGCCUGCGGAGACGCAUGGACCUGGCCUACCCGCUCAUCAUGGGCUCCAUCCCCAAGUCCCAGUCAUGGCCCGUGGGAGCAAACUCCGGCCAGCCCUGCUCCUGCCAGCAGUGCAUCCUGGUCAACAGCACGAGAGCCGCCUCCAAUGCAAUUCUGGCCUCUCAACGGCGUAAGCACUACGGCGUGACAACAGGAAACACAGGCGCUACAGGAACUCUCACUGCAGUGCGGCAGAGCAACACCUUUGCUGGAACCUCCCUCUGGUCCCCGACAUCCGCCUCCUCGGGCCCCAACAACAAUAACAUAAGUAUGGGAGGUGGGCAUGCCAAAGCUGAACAGGUGCUGUUGCCACUGUCCUCUGCCAACUUCCCCUGUUCCCCCGUGAUGCCCACUCUUUCAUCCGCCCAUGGCCACCACGCUCUCACCAUCAACGGACAGAACAACCUGAACCGGCCGGGCACACAGCGCAUUUCCAUCAGCACUGCCAGAGGAGCCGUCCCACCAGGGGUUCCUGCUCUCCCAGUAAAAAACCUGACUGGAACUGGACCAGUGCACCCAGCCCUAGCAGGUAUGACAGGUAUCCUGAUGUGCGCUGCAGGUCUGCCGGUUUGCCUGACCCGGGCCCCCAAGCCCAUUCUGCACCCGCCCCCCAUCAAUAAGAGCGACAUGAAGCCUGUUCCAGGGAUCAAUGGCAUGCGCCGCAAAACCAAGAAAAAGCACCUGAGGAAAGGCAAAAACCCAGAGGAUGUGGUGCGAAGAUACACAGAGAAGAUUAAAGUGGUGCCAGAUGAGGACUGUACCAUCUGCAUGGAGAGGCUGGUCAUGGCGUCAGGCUAUGAAGGCAUCCUGCAUCACAAAGGCAUCAAGCCAGAGCUGGUGGGCAAACUUGGCAAGUGUGGCCACAUGUACCAUCUGCUGUGCCUGGUGGCCAUGUACAACAAUGGCAAUAAGGAUGGCAGUCUUCAAUGCCCAACAUGUAAAACCAUCUAUGGGGAGAAAACGGGCACCCAGCCUCCUGGGAAGAUGGAGUAUCACGUCAUCCCCCACUGCCUGCCCGGCUACCCAGACUCCAAGAGCAUCCGCAUCGUCUACGACAUUCCUGCUGGGAUCCAGACCAAUGAGCACCCCAGCCCCGGGAAAAAAUUCAGUGCCAGAGGGUUUCCUCGACACUGCUACCUCCCUGACAAUGACAAAGGCAGGAAGGUCCUGAAGCUGCUGAUCAUGGCCUGGGACCGACGCCUCAUCUUCACCAUCGGCACGUCCAGCACCACGGGAGAGUCGGACACGGUGGUGUGGAACGAGAUUCACCACAAGACAGAAUUUGGCUCCAACCUGACUGGUCACGGCUACCCGGACCACAAAUACCUGGACAACGUCCUGACAGAGCUGUCGGCCCAGGGGGUCGGCGAGGGCAACCUGAAGGACUGAUAGUUGCCUGAGAUGGUACACAGGAACAGCGCACACCAUGCCCCACCGUCUCCCAGGCAACAGGAAGCUUCAUGACGCGCCAAAAAGCAGCCGACAACUCUUUACUCCCCCACAAACGAAAAUACCCUGCAGAAGCAGUGGCACAAGAGCAACGCAAGCAAAAAUAAAUGACGUGGUUAUGGUCGAUAUCUUGAUUUGUAUAACCUAAGAUUUCCCCCCUGCUGUCUCUUGAUCCAUGCCAAGUUCUCAGAGGGUAACAAACGUAAAGACAAGGUGAGGAUUGUGGCUUGGUGAAUGGUAUUUAACCCCUUUAGAUUAAACUGAAGCUGUUCCUCUGCACGUGAUGAGGGGACAAACCUGGCAUAUUUUAAAAUGCUAAACUCCAGAAUGCAUGGCCCAGACUAACGCUGCAUAAUGAAGGUUGGGCGAUAACCUGCAAUCUGAUGAAAUGUCGAUAGAUCAGCUGUUGCUUGAUCUUGUGAAGAUUAUAUUUAAGAGAAUUUCAGCAUAUUGAAUUAAUCCAAAGGAAUUAAUGAAUUGCAUCCCCCGUUUUUUCAUAUAUUUGAUUAUUGUCCUGUAACAAGUGGUGGUUUCGUGAUUUGAAAGAGAGGAUUGUGGCGUGUUGUUGGUGACUGUACAAUUGCAAUGGGCAUUUCGGAUAUUUUCCACUUCAGAUACUUUAAGUCAAUUGUUUUCGACUAUGAAAGUGUGUCCUGUAGUGCAUGAAAUAAAUUCCAGAGGCUAUAAAACAUCAAUGUGUGAUAUUAAACCUAUGUUGUAUGAGCGGAGAUAGAUAAAACAAGCAUCUUACCAGCCAGUUUGAUGCCUGUUAUGAGAUGUUGUAAAUUGACAGGCUGUGGUUGUGAAGCGGUUUUUGCUACGCUCCAAGGUUAAACUCAUUUGUUUUGUUGACACACUGAUGACGCUGACCUCUGUUUGUAUAAAGCCUGCGUUAUUUUUUUCCAUGUUGGAGGCAACCGGGGCGUCGGCACCAUCCAUCAUGCUCACCAUACAUGAGGGUCGAGUGUGUGGUUGCGUGCUCUGAGGCAAUAAUAUGCUGGCUUGAGGUCCUUUUUAGGAGAAAAGCUGAACACACUCCUGGCAGAUGGACGUUCGUCUUUCAGCACCAACAGUUCUCUCUGUUGGAGAUCCAUCUUUGGCUCCUGCUCGCCUGCGAUCCACAAGUCUCUCGUGAGCUUGUUAGCUUGUACAGCGAGCAAUGAAACAUCUCAUUUCCUGCGUGAGCUCACUCAGAGUUGUUAGGCAAGAUGCUAAUGUAUGGCCUCGCCCCCAUCUUUCCUCCUCAGCAGCAGCAGAGUACUUGCAACCAUUGCAAAAUGUUGGUCUAGUAUUUAGUUCUGCACUCUCCAUUUCCCCCUCAGAUUUGAUGCCCGUGAGGUAAAGAGCUUUUCUGUAGAUCCUUGGUGGAGUUGUGCUGUUUCUCUACUCGGAGUUGAAAGAUAACCCAGUGCUGCAUAAUUCUCCAUAAUUAUAUCUGAUCAAUUUUAAUGAGUGGGGGUGUAGAUGUAUGGUUUAUCGAGUGGGCACCCAGCUGUGAGCUUCAUUUUGGAGUGAAUCAUAGUCUUCCAUAGCACUUUGAGGCAACGGUUUUGUUUGAUCAGUCCUUUUAGUUUUUAGGAAAAUGUCUUAAAUUUAUUUUUUUUUUUUUAAAUUGAUGUUUAUAAACCGACUUGCGAUGCUUUGAAAAAUAUAUACGAUAUACAUUUGCAGAUGUGAUAUACCUUUAAAUUCAAGCUCAAUUUGAGUCGCUGGUGUUGGUUUAAUUUAUUUUUAUACUCUUCUAUAUAGAAUAUAUAAAAUGACCAUCUGGCCCACAUAUCUAUACACAGGCACAUGUUAACAUGAAUACAGAAAAUCUGGCAAAGAUGAAUUUGUCAGUAUGUCAGGGACUGUUGAAAAUGUACUACAUGUUAUGGACGUCUUAUAUUACAAGUAGUCUUAGCGUAUGCUGCUGUCGUUACCUUAAUGUAGAAUCUGUGUAGUCGAUCCUGUGGGACUCCAAUAAAUACAGUAAGUGUAUCUUUAUUAUUGGUGGGGGAGCUUUAGCAGCAUGAAGAUGUCCGUUCCCCCUUAAUGGGCCAUUUCUCUUUUUCUACUUUGACAUGGGAAUGGUUGCAGUCGGCAAUCUCUGUUCAGUUUGGAGGUGAAAACGGCGCGCCUGGGUGAAAUAAAAGCUACAAAUAAUUGUAAAAGUUAUUUGUGAGUGUGAUAUUUGACCCAGGUGUUGAAAACAUAUCCUUUUGGCCUGUUCUCUUUUUUUCCUUCACAACCUUUUUGACUCCCUUUAUAUUACGGGACAGCAAAAGAGAAUGCUUCCAACCUUUCAGGGAAUGUUUUCCAUGUUGAUUGAAGUUUCAUUAACCAGAGAAAUCCAAAUGUUUGCUUCUUCUUUGACUUUUCCUUUCCAUGUGUCGGCCUUGUAGUACGGCCCUUUAGACUUUUCAGGUGUGUACAGACUUAUAUGGCAAUGAUGAACAAAACAUGGUUUGGUAUAUUAUGUGUCUGAUUAAGAAAGAGAGAGAUGGUGUUUAUGCAAUUUACUAUUUUUAAGAUCUAUUACAUGAUUUAUGUGUAGCAAGAAGGCAGAUCUUUUUGGUUUUAAAUGACAAUGGAUGUUUUCUUUAUGGGGUGCCUACCUCCAGGAACAAAGGGGUUGCGAUCCGAAGAUGUUCACAUGCUAUGUACUAGAAAACAUAUAUUUUUGAUGUCUUUUUUUGAAUUAUGAUUGUCUCUAAAAGAACUAUAACAUAACAUUGUUGUAUUACUCUUAAGAUUCAUUCCAUGCUAUGUUCACUUUGAUUAGAGGUGGUAAUCACUUUUAUUAUAUGAAGUAUUUGCAGUUGUACCCUCUUAUAACUGUCUCUCUAAAUGAUACCUUAACAUUUUUGAGUGGAUAUACUGUGUGUUUGUAUCUGAUUGUUUGUGCGAGUGUGUGUGUGUGAAUGUAUGCCGAGUUUGCGUCUAGUAAACAGAAAUGAGGUUCAUGUCCUUUUAAAGAUACAGUAAUGUUCUCCGAGAGGUGCAUGUUAACCAAACUGUGAGCAAGUUUAUUGACAAUGCAUAGCUUUUGCGUAUGAAAACAUCAUAGCUUCUUUAGAGAUAUCACCCAGGUCUUCUGGGGAUUUAGCACUGUGGUUUUGCAUCUUACUCCAUUUAGAUACAAGUUGAUUUCCUCUACCGGGUUUGAUUUAGACGGGGACGACUCAGCGUUUGGCUGCUCUCCUCAGUCUUUUAACAUCUCAAACAUCCGAAUGUGUUGCAUUUGAAGUGCCCAUUUUAAUUGACAUUUUGCAAAUCAUGGUUUUUGUGGUUUGAUUUCUCCGAAGCAGUGUCUACAUAUUGCUAUUUAAAAUGGUUCACAAAGAUGAAAAGAGACCAAUUCAAAGCAAGAUAUAAAGAUACAUUGAUUCAACUAUAAAGGGCUUCUUAAUCUAUCGGUCUUUAUUGAAUUGUGAUGACAUUGUUGCAUGUUUGUGUGUUUCUUGUGGAAAAAUAAAUGUGCCCUGGAUAAGGGUAGUUUGUUUGAACUUUUGU